AUGUCGAUACCCCUUCUGCCAUCGUGGCCACCCAGCCUGCCCUCCGAGGCGGUGUCGUACCUCUCCGACCAAGCCACCGACUACGCCCUCGCGCACGGCAUCGUCUACCGACCCGUCGCCCUCUCCCCCACCACCGCGCCCGCUCUCGACAGCGCCAUCCACGCCCCCUUCUCCCUCCUCCCCUCGCCCUUCCCCCGCGCCCUCUUCGACAGAGCCCAAUCCAUCCAGCCCGCAUACGACCUCUUGUACGCUCAAGUCUCGUCCGACCACACUUUUCUGCAACGCGUCAUCGGUCAAUCUGUCAUUCACGUCGACGAAUUCCAGAAGCAGCUCUGGGACAUUUACAUCUCCGUGAAAGAUGACUUGGUCCAGCCGCUCAGCUUGGGUCUGUUUCGAAGCGAUUAUUUGCUCCACGAUGCCGCGAGCGAGGGGGAGAAGGGAAGUCGAUCCGGCGAACUGGAGCUCAAACAGGUCGAGUUCAACACGAUCAGCGCGAGCUUCGGGGCGCUGUGUACCAAGGUGAAUGGGUUGCAUCGUCAUUUGGCGUCGACUACGGACUAUCUUGGGGCGCACGAACAGCUGAAGAGCUUGGACAACUUGCCCCUCAACGCCGCGCAGGAGGUGCUCAUUGAGGGACUGGCCAAAGCGCACGCCGCCUACAAUGCAACCGCGCAAGCAUACGUGCUGUUUGUCGUCCAAGAGGGCGAGCGAAACGCAUUCGACCAACGACCGCUCGAGCACGCGCUUCAGGCGCAGGGCAUCCGCGUCGUUCGCCAAACCUUUGCCGAGAUCGCACAACGCAUGUCGUUGACUGGCCAAGAUCGCAAGCUGUUGCUCGCCCACCCCGUGCUGGGCGAAAUCGAGAUCAGCGUCGUCUACUACCGCGCCGGCUACGGCCCUUCGGACUACGCAAGCGCGAAAGAUUGGGAGACGAGGAAGCAGCUCGAGCGAAGUCGCGCCAUCAAGUGCCCCUCGAUCGCCGUCCAACUGGCGGGGGCCAAGAAGGUCCAACAGGUCCUAGCUGAGCCGGAUCGACUCGAACCUCUCCUUUCGACCAUCGGCAUGGAGAACAAGGUCAACGAGAUGAGAGAGACAUUCUCGGACCUCUAUCCACUCGACACCUCGCCUCUCGGGCAGAAGGGGUACGAACUCGCACAAACAGAACCACAGAACUUCGUGCUCAAGCCCCAACGCGAGGGUGGCGGAAACAACGUGUAUCGCGAAGACAUCCCCGGGUUCCUCGCACAGCUGGAAGCGGGAGAAGGGGAAAAGGGUGCAGUGGCGAAGAGACAGGCGUAUAUCUUGAUGAGUUUGAUCAAGCCACCUGCUGGGUUGGGGAACUAUUUGGUCAAGGCAGCGACCAAGGAUGCGAGGGCAGGCGCGGUGUUGGCCAAAGAUACGGUUUCGGAGCUGGGCGUGUAUGGUGCGGUGCUGUUCGAGAACGGGGCUGAAAAGGUCAAGGUGCAUCAUCACAGGUCCGGAGGGUAUUUGCUCAGAACCAAGGGUAGGGAGAGUGAUGAGGGCGGUGUCGCGGUCGGGUUCUCAGUGAUCGACUCGCCACUGCUCAUAUAA